GAUAACUACAACAUGCCCACUGUCAUGUGCAGGUUAAAGAAAACGUGAACUUCCAGUCGGCUACAUGCCACAGUUAGAGGGUUUGCAGGGCUGUUGCAGGUUUUUUUUGUCCGAUUUAGACUACCUGUACGUUGCUCUAAUGCUGUCAUCGUGGAGAUAUAUUUAAAUCUGAGUGAACAUUAUAAGAAUUGCAUGAUUAGUGUAAGUUUCUAUUUAUCUCUAGCUAGAGAAACAGCUCCAGGACACAGUAAAUGAUAUGAAAGGGUUGUUGAGGAUCACUGGACUGGAUUUCGGUGAGGAGUUCACUACAAGGGAACAGAAAAGUUCUCGGAUUGAUUACAAACCUCAAGAAAGACUAAACCAAGGCUGGUUGAGAUGACUUCUCAGACUUUUCAGGCCAACAUGGACAGUAUAACACCAGUUCAGCAGAUGGUGGCUUCUUGUUCUGGGGCUUUGCUCACAUCAUUGUUUGUAACUCCAUUGGAUGUCAUAAAGAUCAGACUCCAGGCACAGAGAAGUCCUUUAUAUAAAGGUGGUUUAAAAAAAAAAAGACAUGACUCUGAUUGUUAUACCUUGUAUUUUGUGCUGAAAUGUAUUUUUUUUUCCUUCAGAAAUCUUCUAAGCUCCAUUGAUUCAUGUAUACUCAAAUUUCCCUUCUGUCCAACAGGUAAAUGUUUUGUGUAUUGCAAUGGCCUGAUGGAUCAUAUAUGCGUGUGUGAAAACGGGAAUGUAAAAGCGUGGUACAAACCUCAGGGUCAUUUCAACGGCACACUGGAUGCCUUCAUCAAGAUUGUACGCAUGGAAGGGAUCAAGUCGCUGUGGAGUGGCCUUCCUCCAACACUAGUUAUGGCAGUUCCAGCUACAGUGAUAUACUUCACCUCUUAUGACCAGCUCUGUGCUGCUCUCAGGCACCGGAUGGGGGAAAGAUCAGACCUGGCACCGCUAUUAGCUGGAGCAAUAGCUAGAGUGGGCUCCGCUACUCUGAUCAGUCCGCUAGAGCUGAUCCGCACUAAGCUGCAGUCAGAGAGACAGUCAUACAGAGAGCUGAGCGCCGUGAUCCGCUCGGCCGUACACACUGAAGGCUGGCUCGCUCUCUGGAGGGGUCUCGGGCCCACGCUGCUCAGGGAUGUACCAUUUUCAGCCAUGUACUGGUACAACUAUGAGAAAGGUAAAGCCUGGCUGUGUCGCUACAACAAGACGACUGAGCCGACCUUCAGCAUCGCCUUCAUCUCAGGAGCAGUGUCCGGCUCUAUUGCGUCAAUUGUAACGCUGCCGUUUGAUGUGGUGAAGACCAGGAGGCAGGUGGAACUGGGUGAACUGCAGGCUAGGAAAUUGUCAUCUCAAGCCUCGUGUUCAACCUAUACAGUGAUGAAAAGAAUCGUGGCAGAGAGCGGCAUCCAAGGACUGUUUGCGGGUUUCAUGCCUCGGCUGAUAAAAGUGGCUCCAGCCUGUGCUAUAAUGAUAAGCACUUAUGAGUUUGGCAAGGCCUUCUUUCGCAAACAGAACCAGAAGGACAGACCAGUUCUCACACUGCAUACCACCAACACCUAAUCACUCCAUCUGUCAUACACUCUUUAUAACUUUAAACACACACACACACACGCACACGAUUGCUUCAGCUAGGAUCUGAAACCAUCCUGCAAACACUCAUCUAGUUAUAAUGAAUCAUGAGCAAGCUGAAUAACGUUGGCCUUUUGGUACGGAUUCGGACGGGAACAGCAGUACAUAAAUUCCAUGUGUGAAGAAAUUUUGGCACCCUAAAUACCCUCAAGUUAAGCUUUAUGCAUAAAAAAAAUCACCCAACUCUGAUAAACCUGCAUGAUGUGUGUUUGAGAAUUACACAACAAUAGAAACACACACUGAAUAAUCCCAAAUAUCCUGUAUCUGAAUGUUAGUAUUUUAUUGUCCAAUUAUAUUGUAUUAGCUGUAUUGCUAAUCCCUCCACUCUAGAAACGCUUUUAUAAUAUUCUUGUUGCAUAAAUAGUGUUUUUUUUUAUUAAGUCUAUUUCUAGCUGUUCAAAUGAGAUAUACACUAUCUCGGAAAUUUGUUUUCGUGUGAUGAUGAGGAUGAUGAUGAUGAUGAUUAUGAUGUGAAUGCAUUUUAUUUGAUCAAUUAAAUGAUUAAAUGGUUUGAAUGAUA